AUGGAGAAGAGACUGAAAGAAUUAAAGCAACGAGAAUUUGCUCGAAAUGUAGCUUCCAAGUCAUGGAAAGAUGAGAAGAAACAAGAAAAAGCACUUAAACGACUUCAUCAGCUAGCUAAAUUGAGGCAACAGUCUGAAUGUGUUUCUGGAAAUGGACCAGCAUACAAAGCCCCCAGGAUAGCCAUAGAAAAACAACUCCAGCAAGGAAUUUUCCCAGUUAAGAAUGGCAGAAAGGUAUCCUGCAUGAAGAGUGCUCUUCUCCUUAAAGGAAAGAAUCUCCCCAAAAGCAUUUCUGAUAAACAGAGGUCCACCAUGCCAAAUCGACACCAAUUACAAGCGGACAGGCGUUACUUGUUUGGAAAUCAUAUUUCACAAACAUCUUCAGAUCUCAGCAAUGCAAAUCACAGGACAGGAGUAUCAUUUUCUUUCUCCAAAAAAGUGCACCUAAAAUUAGAAUCUUCAGCAUCAGUUUUCAGUGAGAACACAGAAGAAACCCAUGAUUGUAACAAGUCACCCCUCUAUAAAACAAAACUAACUGGGGAGAAAUGCAAGUGCUGCAGGUUUGCAAAUAAGGAUACACACCUCACUAAGGGAAAAGAUGUAAACAUCUCACCAAGCAGUCUGGAAAGUGUUCUACACAGUACUUUCUCCAUCAGCUCUACAAUUUUGCAAGACAAAAAUGGCUCUAUUGAUGAGACACUAGAAGAUUCAAUUGGCAUUCAUUCUUCCUUCUCUAAACCUAGCAUUCAUCUUUCAGAUAUAGAUUUUACUCCUUCCAGCAGAGAAAAAGGAACUAGAAAUACAUUGAAGAACACUUCAGAAAACCGCAUUAAUCACCCAAGCCCAGAAAAUGCUUCCUCCAGCCCACCAAACAUUUACAAGCACAGUGAUGCCAGGAUAUUUCAGUGUCUGGAGGAGUUUUCAUCACAGGAGCCAAGUGAACAAAAAAGUACAGUGCAUUCGAAUCCCAGUUUCAGAAUGGAGGACAGAGGAAAAUCUUUAGAUGAAACAGAAAAAGUUAGCAAAAAUGUGCAAAGACUUGUAAGUGAAGCAUGUCCCCAUGAUAGGACAUCCAGACCGUUGCCUUUUCUCCACGUACAAAGCAAGGAUGGCCACACCACUCUGCAAUGGCCUGCGGAACUUCUGCUGUUCACAAAAACAGAACCCUGUAUCUCUUAUGGCUGCAACCCGUUAUAUUUUGAUUUUAAGCUUUCUCGGAACACAAAGGAUGGCCAUAAGGAUGGUCGUAAUCCAGAGGACUUCAAAACAGAGUUGAGUAAGGAACCUUUGGAAAUGAAGACUAAAACAGAGAAACAAGUCUCAGGUUUAAUCAAAGACCAACAAAAAUUGAUCCAAGAAGAUAAUCAGUCUCUGAAACCAAAGAUGAUGAUAGCUAAUCCAGAGUGGGAAAUUUUCCAGAGAAAAUGUAAUUUGGGCCAGAAUGAUUCUGAGCCGAAUAAGGGUGAACAUAAUUUUAGUGUAAGUGAUUUGGAAAUGAAAAAUCCUGAAGUGCCUGCUUACCUUGAUAUGUCUCUAAAGGAUUGUUUAGGAAAGAAUAAUAGAGAUAACGAACUUACAGAACCUUCAAGGGCCCAUUGGCAAAGCUGCCGAAGGAUAGUUCUAAAUGAUGCAAAUGAGGGCCUGACUUUUCCUCCCUGUAUCUCUAGGACUAAAAAGCAUAAGCUGAUUUCCUAUGAUCCUCAUUCAGAGUUUGAAGAUGAAAACCAAUUCACCUGGAAUUCUAGUCCUUAUGUAGUAGGGGGUCACAGUGUCCAUGGGAAGGACUGCAGUGUGACUUUGAAUAGUGAUCACAUCAGCAUGACCAGCAGAGUUUCUGGAUGUGAAAACAGAAGUUCUGAGAGACAUUCUCUAAAGUCAUCUCUGAAUGGACAUUCUAGCCCUUCGAGCAGCAUGUCUAGCUUGAGAAGUACUUGUUCAAGUCAUAGGUCCAAUGGUAAUGGCAGAGGUAAUUUGCUCUGCCGUUGUAAGAAAGAACACAACUCAGUUGAAAGGCACAAACGGAAACGCAGAAAGCACAGCUGCCUGUACUUCUCUGGUGAGAUAACAAAGAGCGAGUACCUGCAGUCUGAAACACAGAGAGAUAGGAACUGCAAAUUGUGGGAGUCAUUUAAAAAUGAAAAACACUCGAAACAUAGAUAUUGUCACUGUGGAGAAAGAUCUCAACUGGAUAAAAAUCAACAAAAAUUUUCAGGGCCAAAAUCCAUGAAAAUCACCCACUGUGAUUCUAGCUCACAGGCUUCCUGUGGUGGAAAUGGUGGAAAACCAACUAAAUGCCAGGGACCUCAGCGCAGCAGAUUGGGCUGUUACUCAAGAGAGAGAAUCUGUAACUUAAAUAAAAGCAAGAGAAGUCAAGAGUCUUUGGACAGCCCUCACAUUUGUGAUCCGGGAAAAGUCAAACCUGUGCAGCGUAACUCUGGGAAUAUCAGCUGCCUUCUAAGAAACUGUUCCAGUGGCCCUUUGGAAACCACAGAGCCCAACAUUACAGGAGAGAAGACCACCCUAAUGGCCAAAAGCCUUUUAGAAAGAGUACAAGCCAAGAAGUAUCAGGACCAGUCCACUAAUUUUGAGGUCUUUUCAAACAGUUGUAAAAAUGAAUUAGAGGCUCAUUCACAAAUGCAGUGCACAAUUCAACUUGUACCACUGAGCUGUAGUAGACCAGCCUUGACUUUGUCUGACAAAAUGCAGUUUACCAGUAAAAGAAGAAAUGGUAAAGGCAGUGCGCUUCAAAGGACUACUGAGGAAAAGAAAAUCAAAAGUUCACAGACAAAUAAUUUUACUGUUUUAGCAGACACUGAUGGUGACAACCAUCUCUCUAAAGGUAUAAUUCACAUAGUACCAGAGCCUCAGUCACUAAACAUAAAAAAGAACCCAACAACAGAAGAACAAUCAAAACCUUUAAUUAGUGAAGUCCAACCUUAUAUUCAAAGCUGUGAUCCAGUACCAAAUGAUUUCCCUGGUGCUUUUCCAUCUAACAGAUGUACAGGUAUUACUGAUUCAACAAAGACCAAAGAGGACCAAAUAAACUUAGACUUACAGGAUGUAAGCAUGCAUAUGAAUCAUGUAGAGGGGAAUAUAAACUCUUACUAUGACAGAACUAUGCAGAAGCAUGAUGAAGUGAACAAUGAAUUAGAAGUGUGUCAUAAACCUAUCUCCCCCCCUUUAAUUCAACAGCCCAUAACAUUUUCUCCUGAUGAAAUAGAUAAAUAUAAGCUCCUACAGCUACAAGCCCAGCAGCAUGUGCAGAAACAGCUCCUAUCAAAGCAUCUUCGAGUUUUGCCUGCUGCAGGGCCACCUGCCUUCUCCCCAGCCUCUGCUGUACAGACAGUUCCAGUUCACCAGCAUGCUUCUAUAACCACCAUCCACCACACAUUCCUGCAGCAUUUUGCUGUUUCUGCUUCCAUAAGUUCCCACACCAGUCACCUCCCCAUGGCUCAUCUACAUCCUCUUUCACAGACACAUUUUUCUCCUAUCUCAUUUUCAACUCUGACUCCAACUAUUAUCCCAGCACACCCCACUUUCCUAGCAGGUCAUCCCCUGCAUUUAGUCACUGCUGCUCCCUUCCACCCAUCUCACAUAACACUUCAGCCCCUGCCCCCUGCAGCAUUUAUCCCCACAUUGUUUGGCCCUCACUUAAAUCCAGCCACAGCGUCUAUCAUCCACUUGAAUCCUUUAGUCCAACCAGUGUUCCAAGGUCAAGAUCUUUACCAUCAUUCUUGCUCCGGCCAGAUGCAACAGGUAAAUGGAGUGAAAGAGGCCUUAAGCAUGUCGGCACACUUGAACUAAUAGGUGUUAAAGCCCUUCCU